UGUAUCUCUGUUGAUCUUCUAUAGAACAUCAUAUUUAAAUACUGUUCACCCUCGUCGCAGUUUUUUAUAGGUUAUCCUACGUACCAGUAUGGUCCCACACUUGCCGCUUAUCCACCUGUUAUCAGUCACAAAACCAUCAAUCGCUUUUUUAUAGAUACAUACGUCCUUGUAAUUUUUGUCACGUUCUAUCGAACACCGUCAGAAAGAAAAACUUGUAGCUGAAAAGAAAACAUUAAAGUAGUGGAAACCUUGAACAUUGUUUUUUUGUUCCCUGUUUUAAUCCUUUGCUUCCUGCCUCCAUACUAUCUGUUACCUUCCCAGUACACAUUACACACUGGUGAUUUAUGUCACAAUGUUUGUACAGUUUGUAUUGUAACGAGUUCUUGCUGCUACACGCUGAAAAGAAUAAUACGUUGUGUCUUAAUUAUAUGUUCAUUAAUGUAGAUAGUUGAUGCUUUUGAUUUUUCAUUAAUUUGUUCUGUUUAUAUGUUUUAUGUUCGAUAUAAGUUUGAAUGUAAAGUUGAAAACCUCUAAUCAAUCAAUUUUAUCGUGAUGCCAUAAUCAAAGAGGAAAAGUUUUGGAUAUAUCAUGAGCUGCUCCGUAGAAUUACGACAGCGUAGGCAACAGGGGAUGGCGGAGGAUCCUCACAAGUUGGCAGCAAUGAUGAAUAAAUCGCAAAGACUUGUACUGGGACUUUUAAUUUUACUCUUAGUAGAUAUAAUUUGGGUUUCUAGCUCUGAAUUAACUAAAUACAUUUAUAGGGAAGCUGCAUUUGAGAAACCAUUUUUUAGUACAUAUGUAAAAACAUCUAUGUUUACACUUUAUCUGCUGGGUUUAUGUUUCUGGCCACCUUGGCGGGAUCAGUGUAAUAAGCCUGCAACAUACAUGUUUAUAGAUCCUAAUGUUGAGGAUGAUAACUUCUACUCAGAAGCCAACACAAGUUUGAGUGAUCCAACAUUUGUUCCAAUUAAAACACCAGAUCAUUGUGAUCGUUCCUCAGGCACAGAAAGUGAUGAUUCAUCGAUACGUUCUGUCCGAUUUAGUAAGUUAGCAGAAGUCAGGCAUAUGUCAGAAACUGAUGCCACAGAAGCAUUAUUAGCGAGACUUAGUUACCAAGCUAGCUUAAGAGCUGGAGAACAUGUGAGGCGACAAGCCAACAAAUUUUCUGUGCAAAAAGUUGCUAAGAUUGCACUUAUGUUUUGUUUACUUUGGUUUAUGGCAAACUAUACUUAUCAGAUCUCAUUAGCGAAAACUGAAGCUGGAGUUGUAACGGUAUUGUCAUCAACUUCUAGCUUGUUUACGUUAUUCCUAGCUGCCUUCUUCCCAAGCAAUGGAGGGGAUAAAUUUACCUUAUCUAAGCUAGUUGCUGUAUCUGUCAGCAUUUUUGGACUAGUGUUAGUGGGUCUUUCAGAUUUAACUAUAGAAACUAAUAGAAUACCCACAGGUAUAAUAUUGGCGCUAGUCAGUGCAUUUUUUUAUGCUGCUUACAUUGUAUUUUUAAAAAGGAAAGUUGAUCAUGAAGACAAGAUGGAUAUACCAAUGUUUUUUGGUUUUGUUGGACUUUUCAACUUAACACUUUUAUGGCCUUUAUUCUUCAUACUUCAUUAUGGCCACUGGGAAGAGUUCGAAUGGCCGAAUACUCAUCAGUGGACAUUUUUAAUCAUCAAUGGUCUGAUCGGUACCGUUUUAAGCGAAGUGCUGUGGCUAUGGGGUUGUUUUUUAACAUCGUCCCUUAUAGCAACAUUGGCGGUUAGUUUAAUUAUGCCAAUGUCAAUGAUAGCUGAUGUAUUACUAAAGAAGGUUGAAUAUCCAUGCAUUUUCUACUUAGGAACAGUACCUAUGCUUUUAGCAUUUCUGACUGUAUCUCUUCUGUCCUAUUAUGAUAAUUGGGAUCCAGUCAUGGAUUUAAUUAAAAGAAUUUACAUUUGGAUUUGUAGAAAGAACAGAUCAACAAGAAUACCAGAUCUUGAAGCAGAGCAAACAGAAUCGCUCAUAGGAAUAAACAGCGGUGAACACGAAGCUUAACGUGACAAUAACUAUGAAGAAACUGUCUAAUAAAUGUCCUUUAUGUAUGUAUAUUUCUACACCUAACAACAAAUGCUUCGUCGACGAGCAUAACUUUCAUUAAUGUACUGUGUAUAUGUCUUCUUGAUAUGGAUAUCUCUUUUUGAUGAGAGGAUUCUGUAUAUAUUUUAAAUUAAAUGAUCUGUGCAUAUUUAAUUGUAAAGCAUUAUCUCGAAGAUAAUGCAAGCAAUGUCAUCAGUCAUAAUUUUAUUUUCUAUAAUGCAUACGUUAUUGUGCUGAUUUGCCAUAAAACUAGAUUUUAUCUUUAUGCAGAAUGUUACAAUACUGCCAGACAAUAAUUGCGCGUUACUCGAUAUACACAUUAUUAUUAAAGAAAAAAUAUUGAUGUUUAAAUUUUUGAUUGCGUAUAUUAAAAUAAUACCGUGAGCACGUUAUGGUUCUUUGAAACUCGUCGAGUCAACACAGUUCAAUUAUAUUAUUCAACGUACAGAAUUAACGCUAUUAUGAGUUAUAUUUAGCUUCCGUAUUCAUUAUAUAUUUCUCAAAUGAUAGCAUACGAAGCAUGUAAUGUUAAUUCUAAUAUUUUUAUGAACAUAAUGUGUAUAUUGUGAUCAAUUUGUUGAAGACGUUGAGUUUCUAUGAGUAACAUUAUACUCUUCUCAAAUUACUGUGCAUUGCUGACUAGUUACAUUCUCUAUACAAGUCUGUCUUGAAUUUACAGAAGCUUAUAGAACUACCAGUGCUAUAUACACUCUGUGGUUACUUGAUACUCUUAGAGAAAUCACUUAAUAUAUUUGUAUUCGAAAAAAGUCUGAAAAACAAAAGGAUACUUAUUUUAAAUCUUAUAAUUACAUUAUUAUUGUUAUUAUUAUUAAUAUUAUUAUCAUUGUCAUUAUUAUUAUUAUUAUUAUUAUUAUUAUUAUUAUUAUUAUUAUUAUUAUUGGUGUAUUUUAAGUAAUGUUUCGGUAAAAUAUCGUUGUUUAAGAAUCGCUCAUAAAACUGUAGAAAUCAUAAUAGAAUUUAAUUUAUAUUUUUGUUAUAUAAUUUCAGAAGAAAAGUAUGCUGCUCUGUAUUAUUAAUCUGUUAAUUAUUAUGUACUUAUUUGGGGUACUCAACGUAUAAAAGUAUGCCUCCAAUUCUAAGACAAUGUCUGUGAGAUGUUUGUGCAAUUUUAAUGAUAUAAGACAGGAAUAAUAAAGAAUAUAUU